AUGAUAGAAUCACAGAAGUCUGAGAAAAUAAAAAGGUGCAAGUGUAACUCGUCAAAGUGUAACAUAAACAAGGGUGUGUACAUAACAGAAAAACAAGAAAAUAGUCAAGAAGAUAAAAGGAAACAACAUAAAUAUAGGUGCUGUAGAUUGUGUAGCUUAAAAUAUAUGAGAGAAUCUGAAACCAAGAACACAGGUGAAAUCAAAGAAUCCGAGUGUAAAGAGGAAUCAUAUAAGAAGAUGGAAACUAAAUCCAAGGAUAAAAAAAAGAGUAAAAGCAAGUUAUCGGAACAGAAAGGAAGUAUAGUUCAAGAUUUGAGCAAAAAGGGAAUAAUUUCAAAGAAUUUAUGGAACUAUUCGACUAGGAUAACGAAGCCUGUUACUUAUAAAACAGAAGAGUUACCAAUAAAGAAACAAAAUGCCAAAAGGAUUCAAUCAACCACAAAAUUACCUACAGCAAGGUGUACAACCAUAAAGAAGGAAAAUUUAACAAAGCCAAAGGCUGAAACAGUUGAGAAAAAAGCAUUAACGAAAGUGAGGAGCAAAACGAAAGAAGAAAUCAAGGAAGCAUCAAAGAAUACAGAAAAAUGCACACCUGAGCCAAUAUACAUAUCCUAUUCACUAAAAGGCUUCAUAAAACUAAAAUCAAGAAGAGAUAUAGUAGUAUGCGAUAAGUACUACGACGAGUGUAUAGAUACAUCAGAUGAAAUGUGUUGCGAAUGUUCGUGUUGCGAAAACAAAGGAAUAAAAUACGAAAAUGAAUGUGGAUGCUGUGAGCAAAUUAAAAAAUGUAAUAAUAAUUAUUUAGUUAAUUCGAAAAUGAAUGGUGUAGAAGAGAAAGAACAUUUAGUGUUUUAUUUGUUGUUUUAA